AUGGCACAUAUUGCCACCUGCAUGGCUGCUGUUGAGCCUGCCACUAUAACAAAGCCAAUCUCCCCUUUGCCAGCCAUGUUUCCCUCCGGCUCACCACCAAAGCACGCGGGCAAGUCCUCGGCUGCACACAAAUCAGCACAGGCAGACCAGCCGCAAAGAUAUCAGCUGUUCCCCAAAGACAGGCCCCUACCUACUCCAAAUACCUUGCCUCCGACAAAGGCUUUGCCGAUUCCGCAGGCUUCCGAGACUAGCGAAAAAAACGAAAAAACUUCUCCCUUGGCUGGCAUCAGAAUCCGCUUGAAUCAAAACAACCUGGUCAGACGCCGUAAAGUGAGCGUUCCUGAGCUUGGGCCUAUGACAACAGUGCAAGAAGUCUCAAUGGACUCACCCACAAUACCUGGCCGCCCGGCUCUUCACGAACGUGCUUCUAGUGCCCCUGACGAGACCAGCAGUCCAGUUGGGCCCAUUGACCAAACACCCAAACCCAGUAUACAGACAAAAGACUUGGCAAGAGCCAUCGAAGGCGCUUUUGAGCUCCCAGCCACAAAACCACGACCAUCCUCACCACGCAAACUCGCUCCUCUCGUUAUCCCACCAAGUAAUGCCCCGCCUCCCAGACUACAGUCUAAACACUCGAGCAGUCAACUACGGUCUGGCAGCUCGCCUCCCGCAGAGACCUGCCGAUCAGGUAGAUUCGAGCUCGGCACGCCGACUAUUGGGCGAUUGACACCGGCCUCUACACCAGACCUCUCUGUCCCUCGAUCCGCCACAGCAACAGAACUGUCGACGUCGACUCUCCCUACACCAAUAUCUGCCGCGCCCACCGAACAGAAGAGCUCACCCCGGCUUUGGGAAAGCUACACCCUUUCCAAUGAAGACGGCAGCCGAACCACGAAUGCAUCGAGCCACAGACGAACAGGCUCCGAGACAUCCUGCACAAUGGAUCGGGGAAGACAAUCAAAGAGGAAUGAAAAGGGCAGCAAGACUGGCGACGCCAAAAGCACCAACAAUAGUUCCGAGAGACGCGCGUUUGAGGAAUUGCCAACAGGCUGGAGGCCGUGUGAGGCCAUUAGCAAACUCAACGCCAAUAAUGUCAUGGCACUGCACAAGCAGGCUUUAGGGCAAGCAGAACGAUUCGAAGUUCUCAAAGUAGAGGACGUGGAAGCUCUUUCAAAGGAACUUCGCCAGCUCGACGACCGAACUGAGUAUCUCCGCCGUACUUAUAGCUCACUACGAGCUGGUCGCCGCAACCUGCACUCUCGCAUCUGCCAGUACCUCCGCUCACCCCGGGUCGCCAAAUUCAGUCACGACUCAAUGCUCAAGCAAGAAGAAGCGCUCGCGGAACUGGACGCUUCUAUCGACGACUGGGUCACCAAGCUCGAGCAAGCCGAGAACAGACGCACCAGGGUCCGCCAGAAGCUGCUGGAGCACGUUGCCGCCGCCGCCAUUCUCCCAGUUCCCGAUGGCAGCGUCAGGGCAUCAUCGCCGUAUCAAACACGCGGUGCAUCACCAUCCCUGGGCAUCCGCGAUGUAGCGACCCCUCCGCGGAGCCCCACGAAACAAAUUUCCACCGCCGCCUCGUCGUCGCCGCGCACCGGCAGCAACUCGCCAUCCCCACAGCGCGUGGUGGCCCAGGUGCCAAGCACCAUUCUCGAGCUGCCCCUCAUGGAGGAGGAGCAAGCCGCGGCCGCCCAGGCCUCGAUUGGCCGCUCUGCGAGCUCGGCCACCACAAAGUCUCGCAAGGCUGUUGAGAGCAUACGGGUGUAUGCAGGUGAUGAUUUGUAUGCGCUGCUGGCCGACGUGGAGGAUGAGAUAUCUCGGCUCGGUUCGGGACAGGAAGAGCAGCAGCCCAUGCCAGUGCAGCCGCUUAAAGAGCAUGUACGAAAGCGCAGCGACGAGAAGCUAAACGGAGAUGGUACACCAAACUCGACGGGGGCUCAUAAUACAAUGACGGCAACAACAACAACAACUACUACUACUACAACAACGACGACGACGCCGCCGCCGCCGCCGCCGGCAGUGGAUGCAGGCAGCGCACCACCGUCUGCGUCGCCGGCCCGUGCGGCAAAGAAGGAUUUUCUCAAGGAAGCACAGAUGCUUCUGAGCAAUACUGUUUUUAGGCCUUGA